AUGGAGACUCUGCGCUCUCGCGUUAUUGUCGAACGGGACCGUGUCACCAGCGCUGCCUCUACCGACUUUCCUCAUAACUAUCCAGGCGUUAAUCUAGCAUGGGACUUUGAAAAGUUCAAGGAGAAUUUCAAGAUCAAGAUUAACCGACUCUCGAAGAGUGAAAUGGAAUUCGACAUGGUCGGGAUCGACGCAGCCAUCGCUAAUGCCUUUAGAAGAAUUUUGAUUGCUGAGGUCCCAACAAUGGCUAUUUCGAACGUUUUCGUGAUGAACAAUACCUCAGUGGUCGUGGAUGAGGUUCUGGCGCACCGCUUAGGACUGGUGCCCAUCUUGGCAGAUCCUACAAAGUUCGAUUUCAAAGCCAGGGACGACACAUCAACGGAUCUCAACACGAUCGUCUUCCGACUCACAGCAAAAUGCAAACACAACCCCCAGGCUUCACCCGCAGAGACAGACCCUCUCAAGAAGUAUAUCCAUUCCAGUGUUUAUUCUGGCGAUCUGAUUUGGGACCCCAAGGGAGAUCAGGCGGAACGUUUCAAGGACUGCCCCAUUAAGCCCGUUCAUGACGACAUUGUCAUUGCAAAACUGCGGCCAGGACAGGAGAUCGACGUGGAAGUGCACUGUGAAAAGGGUCUGGGUCAGGAUCAUGCCAAGUGGUCGCCUGUUGCCACAGCAACAUACCGCCUGUUGCCAGAGAUCUUGAUCAAUGGGGAUAUCACGGGCGAGGCGGCUUUCAAGUUUCAGUCGUGCUUCCCCAAGGGUGUCGUCGAUAUCAUCGAGGAGAACGGUGUGAAGAAGGCUGUGGUCGUGAACCCAAGGAAGGAUACGGUUUCAAGGGAAGUGCUCCGUCAUGCCGAGUUUGAGAACAAGGUCAAGCUGACUCGCGUCCGCGAUCAUUUUAUCUUUACGAUCGAAUCUGUUGGGUCAAUUGAACCUCAGGACUUGUUGGUUCAGGCAGUUCAGGUGCUCAUGGAUAAGUGUGCGCAGGUGAAGCGCGCUCUCCAGGCCACGCUUCAAUCUGAAUAA